ACUAAAAAUAGAGUCUACGAUAUAUGUAGUCAUUUCAUUAAGAAUCGAAAAAAGAAAAAUAGAUUUUCAAGAAAAUAUGGGUGCAACAGCAACUGCAGUUUUCUCUUCAAAUUCCAUAUCUCAAUUGCCCUCCUUCUCUGCUUUAUGUAAACCCAACUUGGGGAUCCGAAUACCAAAAGAGAUUACAUAUGGGCUUUCGUUGAGUACAAAUCGUAGGGAUUUUCAUUGUUCAACUCUCUCCACCAUAAGAGCUGAUGGGAUCAGGCGACGAAAGUCUUCAAAAGAUGCUACACCAGGGAAAACAUCCAAAGGUAGUGAGCUCAAUAUACAGCCAUCCCCCGACAGUAAAUUGCCAAAUUCAUUGAACCAGGAAGAGAUCAUUUCUCUUUUCAAGAGAAUACAAUCUUCAAUUUCAAAAGGUGAUUCUACAAGUUCCAAGAAAAGAAGUACUAAGUCUUCUGAAGAGAGGCCUGCUAUUGAUUCGGUCUUAGAAAUCCUUCGACAUUCAAAGACAGAAGCAAAAGGUACAAAGGAUGACAAGGGUUCGACUCAUCAAGAAGAUCAAAAAGAACCAGAAACAGACUAUUCACCAACAGCAGAUCCAAGAUCAACACGCCUACGGUCAAGCUUUGUGAAAAGAUCGCCUCUACAAUCCCCAUUUAACUCCAAAGAAAAAGUUAAGCUCAAGAUGGAGACAUCACUGGAGAAUCAUGUUGAAAGUGAAGCAGUCAAAAUUGAAGAAAUGAAACUUCCUCAGCUUAAAGAACUGGCAAAAUCUAGAGGACUCAAGGGUUAUUCAAAACUGAAGAAAAGUGAACUAGUGGAAUUACUCAUUGGUUGUUGAGACAAUGCAAAGAUGAUCAAGUCAUCCAUCCAAUGCUUUACAUGUUUGACAGUUUAACUGCAGGACUCGUCUCUUUUUUCGUAUCUGCUUUCUUUCACGGAGAAACAAGAUGAAAGGGCAGAGUACUGUGUGAGUUUUAACACAUUCAUUUGUUUGUUGGUUUGUAACAUAUGUUGUCUUUAAAGUCUCAUUGCCUUAAUGAUAACUUUCUCAAGUUGCUUA